AUGGUGAAAAAGAAAGCAGAAUUAUUGAACAUCAGUCGCGAGGAACGCAUGGUUAUAACUAUAGGAAUUAUCCAAGAAUUAGUUGCUGCUCAUGACGCAGGCAAGGAUGUGAACUUGAAUCGUAUGAAAUCUAGAAUUUCUUCGAAGUAUGGUUUAGAUAGCUCGCCCAGACUUGUGGAUAUUAUAGCUGCUGUACCUAGUGAACACAAGAAAACUUUGUUGCCUAAGCUUCGUGCUAAACCCAUUCGAACAGCUAGUGGGAUUGCAGUUGUAGCUGUGAUGUGCAAGCCACAUCGUUGUCCUCAUAUUAAUAUGACAGGUAACAUAUGUGUCUAUUGUCCUGGUGGUCCAGACAGUGAUUUUGAAUAUUCUACUCAAAGUUAUACUGGCUAUGAGCCAACAAGUAUGAGAGCUAUUAGAGCAAGGUACAAUCCAUAUUUGCAGACACGACAUCGAAUAGAACAGUUUGAAGAUGGUGUGAUCCCCAAAGACACGACAAAAAUCACCAUACAGCAGGGUGAUAUUUUGGGCAGAAUUUCGCGUUUGGGGAACGGGCGACCACUAUUUUCCUUCCAAGGGAUUCCCUAUGCAGCCCCGCCCGUUGGAAAGCUUCGAUUUAGGGCGCCACGUCCACGAGAACCAUGGUCGGGCAUAUACGACGCGACAGCUCCGGGUCCCUGUUGCCCCCAAAAAAGCCCCAAUAGUGGCCAAAUAAUUGGCGAGGAAGAUUGCUUGACCCUGAACGUGUACACCCCGCGUUUGCCCCGUACCGAAGGCGAUUUCACUGCGCGCCCUUUGCCCAUCAUGUUUUGGAUUCACGGAGGUGGCUUGCGUACAGGCUCAGCCGGUGAUGCACUGUAUGGCCCGGACUUUUUGGCCGCCCGGGAUGUGGUCGUGGUGACCGUUAAUUAUCGCCUGGGACCAUUGGGUUUCUUAUGCCUGCACAAUGAGGACGCACAAGGUAACGCCGGUGGCAAAGAUAUAUUAGCUGCUUUGCGUUGGGUGCGUCAGAACGCUUCAGCUUUCGGAGGUGACGCCGGUUGCGUUACCGUAUUCGGCGAAGGAACAGGCGCCGCUUUAGUGCACGGUUUAAUGAUGUCGCCGCCUGCAAGAGGUUUAUUCCAUCGUGCAAUUCUCCAAAGCGGUUCCUUACUCGGCGAUUGGGGCAUAGAACACCGACCCCGCGAACGAGCUGCGGCUCUCGCCAAGGUUUUGAAUUGCGACGAUCGUUCGGCCUCUGGUCAGGCUGCUUUCCUGCGUAACGCGCCUGCCGGGGACCUUGUCGAGGCGGCGGAUGAGCUCAUAACGCCCAUGGAACGAAGACGCGGCUACGCAAUGCCGUUCUGCCUCAGUGUCGAGGGAAUGGGAUCCAUGGGACCCGCAGAAGAAAUGUUCUUGCCGGAUACACCUCAAGCAUUGUUCGAAGCAGGACGUGUUGCCAGGAUUCCUCUGCUUGCUGGAUAUAAUGAACACGAGGGAAUGGCGUUCCUUCCCGACUACAUUCGUGGGUUAAAGGACGUCGAUCGUGAUUUCGAGAAACUUGUGCCCGUGGGUCUUCGUCUGCACGAGAAGUCUCCGAGGUCAGUUGCGGUUGCGCGAAAAAUGCGCGAAUUUUACUUCGGCGACAUGCGGGUCGACAAGGACUCCUUACCGCAGCUGAUUGACCUCCUGAGCGACGUACAUGUGUCCCUUUUUCUCACCUUCUACAAGGUUGUGCAGCAAGAACAGUUUUUGGAAUAUAAACCUGAUGCAGUUUCUUCUACUUUUCAUGAUCCUGCUUAG